GCGUGUGCGGGGCUCCCCGCGCGGCCCGGCGGGAUGGUGCACGUGGAGAUGUUGACGCUGCUCUUCCUGGUGCUGUGGAUGUGCGCGCUCAGCCAGGACCCGGCCUCCAAGACCGUGGCCGACCGCUACGCCGUCUACUGGAACAGCAGCAACCCCAGAUUCCAGAGGGGUGACUACCACAUCGACGUCUGCAUCAAUGACUACCUGGAUGUGUUCUGCCCUCACUACGAGGACUCCGUCCCCGAAGAUAAGACGGAGCGCUACAUCCUCUACAUGGUGAACUUUGAUGGCUACAGUGCCUGUGACCACACUUCCAAAGGGUUCAAGAGAUGGGAAUGUAACCGGCCCCACUCUCCCAAUGGACCGCUCAAGUUCUCGGAGAAGUUCCAGCUCUUCACACCCUUUUCCCUAGGAUUUGAAUUCAGGCCGGGCCGAGAGUAUUUCUACAUCUCCUCUGCCAUCCCAGAUAACGGAAGAAGGUCCUGCCUAAAGCUCAAAGUCUUUGUGAGACCAACAAAUAGCUGUAUGAAAACUAUAGGUGUUCAUGAUCGUGUUUUCGAUGUUAACGACAAAGUAGAAAAUUCAUUAGAACCAGCAGAUGACACCGUCCACGAGUCAGCCGAGCCAUCCCGCGGGGAGAACGCGGCCCAGACGCCCCGGAUUCCCAGCCGCCUCUUGGCCAUCCUCCUGUUCUUCCUGGCAAUGCUGUUGACGUUAUAGCACAGCCUCCUCCCUUCACCUGGCGCGGGGAGCCUGGGGUCUCGCAACACCAGAGAUCCGCCCGACGGCUCGUCCAGCGACGGAUUGGUUAUUGGGUUUUUGGCAGAUGUCAGAUUUUUGUUUUUGAUUUGUUUUCUUUCAGCCUGAGUUCUCAGCAACCCCUCGGAGGGAGGGGGUAGUGGCUGCACGAGAUGAUGCCGCCUCCUUGACCCCCCCCACACCCCCACCCCUAGCCCUGACCUUUGACUUUUCUCACCCCUCCCAAAUCCAAUGGACUCCAGAUGCGAAUGCCAAAUGGCCGUGGUGGCAGCGGUGGUUCCCGGGCUGGGCG